UUCUAACCUGACUUUUUUCACACAUAACCCCACAUUUACUAUGUCGUUGAGAAUAUUCUUUCGAAAUAACUUAAGAAAACCGAUAGAAUGUAGAUUAUACUCAGCAGAACCCCAGGUAAAGCCAGAAAAACCGCGGUGCAUUAUAAGCAGCCACAGAACAAAAUUAAAUCACUACACAAAUACAGAGUAUUUAAAAUUCACAGAAAUUCCGCUGAUAUCGAAAGGAUGGAACCACAGCAAAAGCAAAAACGACAGUUUUACGAUACACCCUGUAGAUGUAGAUGAGCACAGGGAAGAAAUGCACGACUUGGAAGAGAUGGGUUUAAAUGAGGAUUUACGAAAAGUGUUACGAACUUGGAAUGUGGAAAAAGCUACAGAUUUACAGUAUAGAAGUUUUCCUGCUGUUUUAAAUGGGAAGCAUACGUUAAUUGCAGCCGAGACUGGAUGCGGUAAAACGUUGGCUUACUUACUUCCCAUUAUAAAAAGUUUAAUUGGUCAAAAACAAAACAACCUUAACCACCCUCAAGUAGUAGUACUGGUGCCAAAUCGCGAGCUAGCCUAUCAAGUAGGUGAAAUCGCGACGAAUCUCAGUGAUGCUGUAGGGUUAAAAACAAAAGUAUUGGUGGGAGGUAGGACGAAGAAAUUAAUGAUGAAUCCGGAAUUUGAGGAUAUUGAUAUACUAGUAGCCACCCCUGGGGCCAUAGGCAAGCUUAGUACAGUGGGGGUUUACAAACUGAGCGAGGUUCGGUUCAUGGUGCUAGACGAAGCUGACACUUUGGUCGACGAUAGUUUUGUUGAAAGAAUAUCGAGUUUGGUAAAAAGAGUACCUCAAGCGCAAUUCAUACUGUGUUCAGCCACAUUACCAAAAAAACUACCUGAUGUAUUAGCCCCCAUAGAAAUGGGUAUACAGCAUGUAACUUCAUCAAGGCUCCAUAAGCCACCCAUGAAUAUAACCCAAAAAUUCCUAAAAAUGACCCGAUCGGCAAAACCCUCACAUCUACUGCAAGUCGUAAAAAACUGCAACGAGCCAAAGUUGAUAUUCACCAAUCGCAACGAGACCUGCAAUUGGGUGGCGAUGUUCCUCCGGGAAAACAACAUACCCUGUUCGAAUAUAAACGGCGAAAUGAACUACGCCAUUCGCAUCGAUCAGUGGAACCAAUUUGUCGCGGGAAAAAAUAAAAUUCUGGCCGCCACCGAUGUGGGGUCGAGGGGUUUGAACACGAUACAAGUUAAGCAUGUCAUCAACUAUAAUUUUCCAUUGUACGCGGCAGAUUAUUUGCACAGGAUAGGGAGAGUUGGUAGGACUGGCAGUCCUGAUUCGUGCAGGGUUACCAACUUUAUUUCCGGACCAGAGGAGGUUCAGUUGGUUAGGCAAAUUGAGUACGCCAUAAGAAAAAACGAACCUCUCCAAAACGUAGAUGGAAAUAUUACAAACAUGGUACAAAAAAAGAUUUUAAAAAGUUUUAAGGAAGCAUCAUAA